CUUAAAUUCCCGGCUUUUCUAUACAAUUUCUUAUCGCAGCAGGGAGGGGAGAAAAAAUUAGAAUACGAUUUUGUUAUUUGUCUUAUUACUAAACGCCAAUAGAUACAAAAUAUUUAUUAAUAACUAUAGCAAUUUCUAUUAUAAACAUCCGCUAUCUUUCGCUCUCUAUCUUAGAAAUUAAUUAUAAUCAAGAGCAAUUUGUUGUAUUGUUCUAAUGGGAAACGAAACCACGAUAUAUCGACGGAGGCGAUAACUCGCUUUCGAGAAUCGACUCUCGGGCACGUUCUCGCCCGACACUUGGCCUUCCUAGCGUUUCCGCGUAUUUUUGUUUAGCAGAUAAGUACUGGAUAGAUCGAGAGGAAAGGGAAAUUGAAAGGGACGCAAUGGAGACCGUGCGACCGUGCGGCUGCAAAGGGAUACGCUCUUGCUUGAUUUGCGAGGCCGAAUACGAAAUCUCGAAGCCGGAUCUGCGGAACGAGUUGCAGAAAAAUAAAAGCUACGUUUAUUGUCCACAUUGCGAUAAAUUAUCGCCUGGAUGGGACGUAGAUGAAUACAAGAAACAUCCGCAUCACAACGGGAACUUAAUUGAUUAUCCCGGUGUUUACAUCAAGCUAGAUUUUCUGAAGGAAGAUGAAUCGGAGGGGCUUAUGAAAGCGCUCGAUGACCUUCCUUGGCAAACCUCACAAAGCGGCAGAAGAAAACAGAAUUUUGGACCAAAAUGUAACUUCAAAAAGCGAAAAUUGCAAUUAGGAUCAUUUAAUGGGUUUCCCAAAACGACACAGUUUGUACAGAGAAAAUUUGAGGAAAUACCAUUGUUACACGGCUUUCAAACUGUUGAGCAGUGCUCGCUCGAGUAUGAUCCUAAACGAGGCGCUUCUAUCGAUCCCCACGUGGACGAUUGCUGGAUCUGGGGCGAACGUAUAAUAACCGUGAACGUUCUCGGUGAUUCAGUUUUGACUAUGACCCAUUACCGUGGUCCUUCAACACGAUACAAUUUAAACUGCGUUUCGAAUUACGAUUCCAUCCUGGAGGAAGACACGGGCGAUAAUACGCAACCUUUGGAUAUCCAUGAUAACGUGGUAAUACGAUUGCCGAUGCCUGCCAGAUCGCUCAUGGUCUUAUAUGGUCCAGCACGAUACAAAUGGGAACACUCCGUGCUUCGACAGGACGUGGCGUCGAGACGCGUCUGCCUUGCCUAUCGCGAACUAACGCCUCCGUACCUCGAAAACGGAGAACGUCAAGAGGAAGCUGCCGAGAUUUUGAGGCAAGCUUCACUUUUCUGGUAAUGUUACAUAACAAAUUUCAAUAAUUGUUAUAUUUAUAACUAAAAUUGUUAAUCCUCGAGGACAUGAUGGAUGUAAAUACUACUCUAAUAGAAUAAAGAUAUUUUAUUCUUA